AUGACCGCCGUCGAGUACAUCCCCGACAAGGUCACCCACCACCAGCCCACCGCCAACUGCAGCAACAUCACCUUGCCACCUUCUUCCAUCCAUGGCACUGUCACUGCCACCCCCUGCCCCCGGGAGGACAGCGUCACCGACAGCGGCGGCGCCGCCACCGUGGACAAGAGGCUGGAGGGGAAGGUGGCCAUUGUGACGGGCGGCGCGCAGGGGAUCGGGGAGGCGAUCGUUCGGCUGUUUGUCAAGCACGGCGCGCGGGUGGUCAUCGCCGACAUCGCCGACGCGGGAGGGGAGGCGCUGGCCGCAGCGCUGGGCUCGCAGGCCUGCAGCUACGAGCACUGCGACGUGUCCGUGGAGGCCGACGUGGAGCGCACCGUUCAGCGCGCCGUGGCGCGGCACGGGCGUCUGGACGUGCUGUGCAACAACGCCGGGGUGCUGGGCCGGCAGACUCGCGCGGCCAAGCGCAUCGCGUCCUUGGACGCCACCGAGUUUGAGCGCGUCCUGCGCAUCAACGCGCUGGGUGCCGCCCUCGGCAUGAAGCACGCGGCGCGCGCCAUGCUGCCGCGCCGCUCGGGCAGCAUCGUGUCCGUGGCCAGCGUCGCAGGCGUGAUGGGCGGCAUGGGCCCCCACGCGUACACCGCCUCCAAGCACGCCGUGGUGGGGCUCACCAAGAACGCGGCCUGCGAGCUCGGCGAGCACGGCAUCCGCGUCAACUGUAUCUCCCCCUUCGGCGUGGCCACUCCGAUGCUGGUCAACGCGUGGCGCCGGCACGACGACGACGACGAGGGCGACGCAUCAGCAGCGGUGCCGAGCGAGGAGGAGGUGGAGAAGAUGGAGGAGGUAGUGCGUGGCAUGGCGACGCUCAAGGGCACGACGCUGAGGCCAAGGAGCAUUGCAGAGGCAGCGCUGUUUCUGGCCAGCGACGAGUCCAGGUACGUGUCCGGGCACAACCUGGUCAUCGACGGCGGCAUCACCACCUCCAGGAACGUCAUCGGCUUGUAAUCCGUCAUGAUCUCCGUGCGAAUGCGAGCGUGACAUCGAAUCAACGAUGUGUGUUGCUGAUGAUUCGGUUUGAUUGCUCGGUCCGUAUGAUAAUGGUGGAUGAUGGGUGGCUUGGGCAUUGGCAUUUUGCCCUUGGUUAGUUGGUUGGUCCCUCCUCCGAUCUGCUGCUUGUUUUCUUAAUUUUGUGUUUGUAAUUUAAUCGUCGUCG